AUGUACAACCCGGCCAAAUUUGCAACGGAGAAGAUCACAAGGCUGCGAAGCUUGUGUAUAGCGUCGAGUGGUGUAGCUCACAGGCAUCACAUUCGUGAUGGCACUGAUGACGACUGGUCAAUCAUUGUGAGACUGGUAGAAGGUACUAUUGCAUGUCGUCGGAUGCCAUCGUUCCUGACCCAAGUCCUUAUGAGCGAGGAACGUCUUCGCUAA